GUUCACGGAGCGUCAUCUCGUCCGUCGUCUCUCGGCUCCGUGCGAUCACCGAUCGCGACCAUCUUCCCAUCUCGCGACUUUUCUACGACGCAAAAGUUUCGGCCGGGUUUAAAUUUCCGGAUAUAUCUCUCGUAUAUCUCGUUCACGCUCGAGAUCGGCGACAUUCGCGAAUCGACAGACGAUAAAAAAAAAAAAAUCAAGACAACCGUGAGAACUCGAGCGGUGAGCGGGAUCGACGGAGCGCGCGAUUUACCGUUGACAGGACUGUCCGCGUGUCGACUGACUUACGGACUCGGGACGCUUCGCAUCGCGUCGUUACUGGAAACAUGUAAGACGAGACGAAAGAGAAACGGGGUCGGGAGAACGUCUUUCGGGCAAGCGGCGGCAUCGCGAGACGAGGAACGCGAGAAAGGGAGAACGCGGGUACCCCGCGACGUUGCCGCGGCGGGUGUCGGUCCGCUCCGGGCGCGCGCGUAUCAGAGAUCGCUCGAUCCCGGGUGCGUACUCUCUCGUCGUCGAUCUGUCGUUUGUUCGCCACCCGACGGCCGAAUCUUCGGUUCACGGACACUCACGUCGCGAUACCUGUUCGAUAUCGGUUCACGUUCGCGAGAGAAACGAGAUGCGAGACACGGGCCAUCGUCGGUGGCGUGUGUAAGAAUGCGAGGCUGAGAAAGGACCGGCCACGAGAGAACGCGCCACGUAGUCUCCUCUCCUUUCGCGCUUCCACGGGAAGAUCUCGAUCUCGGGAUUUCGGAUUUCGGCGGCAGUCGGUUAAUAGAGAGUCCACGGGAUUUGUGCCGCACGCAACGCACGCUCGUCAUGUCAACGAGCUACCUGCUCGUGUCUUUGCUGAUCGUCGCGUGGCAAAGCGGCGCGCAAGCCAACUGGUGGUACUUGGGGCUGGAGCCGAGGUUGACAUCCGGUUCGAUCCAAGGGAGCGGCGUCGAUCCGCAGACGCAGAUCGCCGGCGCGGGUGUGAUCGGUCCAGCGAGUGCCGAAAAGAACUGUAAGAACGCGCACCUGACCACCAAGCAGCAGGCAAUAUGCUCCCGCUCGCCACCCGUCCUGCAGGCAGUCAGCGCGGGCGCUAGGCUUGCCAUAGAGGAGUGUCAGCACCAGUUUAGAUCAGCGAGAUGGAACUGUUCCGUCAGCCCGGAAAAUCCCGAGAACGUGUUUGGCGGCGUCACGUUAGUCAAUAGUCGAGAGGCCGCGUUCAUAUAUGCCAUAUCAGCAGCCGGGGUCGCUUACAGCGUCACGAGAGCUUGUUCCAGAGGCGAGCUCACCGAUUGCUCCUGUGACAAUCGAGUGAGAUCGCGACAUCCGAACAAUUGGCAAUGGGGAGGAUGCAGCGAGGAUAUACAAUUUGGUGAAAAAUUUUCUCGAGACUGGUCCGACAGUGGAGAGGAACCGGUGAAAGAAGGGGUUCUGCACGGGCCGAAAGGGCUGGCUGGCCAGCUGAUGAGGAAACAUGAUAGCGAGGCCGGAAGACGUGCAAUUCGUUCUAGGAUGCAACGCGUAUGCAAGUGUCACGGUAUGUCCGGUUCGUGCAGUGUGCGUGUUUGCUGGAGAAGACUUCCCGCAUUCAGGAUGGCCGGAGUCGCUCUGGCAGCUUUACACGAGGGUGCCGCUCUGGUACGAUUGGCUCAACGUGGUGGAAGAAGACCAGCUAGGCUCAGACCAGCGCGUCCUGAUCUUAAACGACCGAACAAGACGGAUCUAGUUUAUCUCGAGGAUAGUCCUGAUUACUGUGAAAGGAAUCUUACACUCGGUAUUCCCGGUACACGAGGAAGAGUAUGCAAUCGGACGUCUCUUGGUCUUGAUGGAUGCCGGCUGCUGUGCUGUGGUCGAGGCUACCAGACACGAGUGCGAGACGUCACCGAGAAAUGCAAGUGUCGAUUUGUCUGGUGCUGUCACGUGAAGUGCGAGUUGUGUCGACAUACACGGGAGGAGCAUGUGUGUAACUAGACGGUAAAUGCAUUCCGGAGUUCGUUCGGCCUAUCUGUAGGAAAACGCGCUCACUUUUCAUUCUUUAAGUUUGAAUUAAUUAUUCGUUGCCAUCUGCUUUACGUUGUACAUCCUCGUUAGUUAACGCCGCAAGAGGCUACACAACGAUACGUUACGUCGAUGCUGUUUCCGCCUGAUAUAAUAGUAAUAAGUUCGAUUCUUCAGCAACUAUCGAUCGCAUAAGCAAAGCGAACGCUCUAAGGCAAAUACUUUGAAAAAUAUGAAUUACGAUACGAGAGCAUUUGCUUGACUUUGAGGUAUAUGCUUCUGUAAGAGAUUAAAGAGAGAUAAAAAAUGCAAAGGAUUAUGAAUGUUAAGUAUAAUACGAAUUGUUAUUAUAAUUCCGUACACACGUAUGUUUUCAUAAAAUAGAUGAUUUUGAUUAUAUUUCUACUAAAAACAUUUGCUUCACUGUUAGCCAUAUAUGUAUGAUCUAUCGAUUUAAAGAUCAUUUUAAACAGUUAGGAUAUGUUUCUAUCUACACUAUAAAGAAAUUCGAAUGAAAGUCCCCUCCCGAAUGAUCAAGAUAAUCUCAGUAUUAUUAUUAUCGUGCGGCUAAUGUAACGAUAUGCUUGCGAAGUUGCUGUUGCGUGGCUUAUCAUGAUGGUUUGACUGUCAGGUGCCACAUUACUUACGCGAACGUUAAUGCAUUGAAAGUCAAUGUGUUACUUUAAUUUACAUUUAAUCGCGUAAUAUUAUCUCGACUCGGACGUACCGCAAAGGAGAGAUUUAUAUAUUCCAAGAACACAUUAACACGCAUGUCACGCAUGCUCGCCUUGCAUCAUCGGAGUCACGUGAUCUGACACAAUCCGAGUUUUGAAAUAAUGCAAACGCAUUGUAUGGCAUCAAGUUCUUAUCAUCCCUCUUUCGACUAUUAUAAAUAUAUACAUAAGUAUACAUAUAUAUUUAUUUAUUUUAUACAUCUAUAUAUAUCUCGUGUAAUUAAUAUACGCGUACUCUUUUUAGCAAGAAUCGAGUGAUAGAUGAUUUCGUCGGAAUUUUAUCUAGAUUUAUCUUCGUGUGACAUGUUUAUGCAUCUCGCAACGCUCCAUAUCGCGUCUUGAUGUGCCAAUUUAUUGUUUCCGUGUAUAACAGGGAGAAAGAGAGCGAGAAAACAUAUAAAGCAAAAACUGAUAUAGAAUGGUACAAGUGGUAUAGAGAAUAUGAUUACAUGAAAAUUACUUCUCUCGCGCUCUCGCACACAUUAGCGUAUAAUUCCGUAUAGGAUUACACGAAUAUCCUAUUUAUGUCGAGAUAUAGAUUCUCACGGUAUGUCUUACAGGUAUAUAUCAAUGCUCUCUAGUGCAUAGAAUCCUCAUUUUGCUCAAGUACAGAGCAAGAUUCGGGCACGAGAAUGAACGAUGCGAAUCACGAGAGGAUGCAAGGCAUCUUCUCGAAUUCAUCGAGUGAAGCAAAAAUAAUGCACUCCCAAAUUUUCGCGCCUUGACUCGCACGAAUCGGGAACAAUUUUGCCAAUGAAUGUAAAUAAUAUUUCACCGUUUUUUCUAGACUCUACGACCGUAAUCAUCGUUGUAUAUAUACGUAAGCGUUAUAUAUCGGCUUCGUUUAGAAAGAAUUAUUGCGUCUUGCGUUCUUCGCGAUUCAUAAACGAAAUAUAUUAACCAUCCGCGACUUUAUCUCAAUCUGUCACUGUUUUUUAUAUAUUUAAUAUACAUAUACAUUUUAUAUAUAAAUGACCGUUUUAUCG